AUUCCUGUUCUUGCUUUUAUCUUGCUUGUUUGUGAAUUAAAUUGCAUAUUUUUUUUUUCUGGGAAUGCCAACUUGCUGUUUCUCUCUAUUCCUGCCCAGAUAUCAAUAUGCCGGGAUUUGCCCAACAUCGAGGUGAUCACAUUCAGUGUGAAUGGCAUCUCGGACCUUGAGCCGCUGAGUCAGUGCCAGAAUCUGACUGAACUCUAUCUGAGGAAGAACAACAUUGCAAGCCUAAAUGAGCUCUUCUACCUCAAAAACCUACCCCGGCUGAGGGUCUUGUGGCUGUCUGAAAAUCCCUGUUGUGGGUCAGACCCCCACGGCUACCGAAUGACAGUGCUGCGUAACCUACCCAGCCUGCAGAAGCUUGAUAACCAAGCUGUGACAGAGGAAGAAUUGUCCCAGGCCCUGGUUGAUGGUGAGGAGAUCACAGCCCCACCAGCCAGGAGGAGUGUGGUGAACGGUUGUCGUGAGGCCACUGAAUCCAGUGCUGCUGAAUCCACAACGGAGACUGAGAGUGAACUGCUGAACUUCAGUCUGGAGGAGACAAACAAAAUUCGGGAGGAGCUUGGUAUGAAGCCUGUUCCCAGGGAUAAAUUUUCCUCCUUUUCACCUCGAGAGACAGACUGCAACCGAAAGAAGAGAAACAACGUCCUGAAUGCCAUCCUGCUUCUCAUGAAGGAACUGGACGCUGAGGGUCUGGAGAUCGUCCAGCAGACAGUGGGGAGGAGGCUUCAGGCCUUUCGGAAGAAGGAGCUGCAGGAGGAGUGAUGGUGCCUGUUACAAACCUCCCUGAAGCACCAGCCAGCCCCACAGUGCCGUUCUGCCCGCGAUGCCUGGCUGCAGCCAAAGCCCCGAUGUUUUCUCGCUGUGCUUUCCCUGUGAAGGGGCUGGGAUGAGGUGCUGCUGGCUUCUGACAUCGCCCCUGGCUGUGCGCAUCACGCUGGGGCUGACCCGGCGCUCGGGAGCUUUCCUGCUUACAUAGCAGGCUCCGUUAACAUUUGUAUCUCCUGUCGCUGCAAUGGGAGCAGCGGGCAAAUCAGCAAAGCAGAAGGGAGCAGGGCUGCAGUGAGAGGUGCUUCUGUGCCGCACGGGC